AUCUUUAUCUCCUUCCAGCGCUAAGAUUCUCUCCGUCUUCUUUUCCGCAUCGAUCUUUGGAUGCUGUGAAACAAGUCCAACCGUACCGACUUCUGAUCACAACCGAAUUUUACAAACACCAGCAGCAUCGUAGCUGCAACCAUGUCGUUCCCGAAUCUUUACUACAAGCGAACCACAGCGACUGCAAAAGCAUGCUACAUCUGCUAUAAGCCAACGACUGCCGUGCUCGCCACGAUAGAUACCUCCGAUUUUCUGUAUACAUGCACGAUUCACCUGUCAGACCACGGGUUCGCCACUCGCGUGCUCGAGCUUGAGAGCGAGAACAAGAUAGGAAUCAGUGUUGAGGAGAUCGCGAGGCUCAGGGAGGAGUGGGAGGAGAAGCAGAGACGCAAGCAAGAGAAAGAGAAGGUGGAUAAGGACAAACCAGCCGAUGAAGGCGAAAAGAAAGAGGAUGACGGCAAGUCAGGGAAGUCAUCAAAGGUGCCGGGAUCAUUGCCCAAGUCGGGUUCUCUCUCACCAAGGCCCACCCACGAGAAGUAUAUUUUACAUCGCGAUAUAUUUGCCCUGAGAGUCUCGGAGCACCGACGACGGAGGCAAACCUCACAGGCAAAGGAUCUAGCUCCUCGUCUUCCAGGAGCUCCCAGUAGCAGUCUGCCGUGAUAUCAUGAUAUAUUGUCUGAUACAUAGUCGUACUAUUAAAU